AUGGGUUGGCCACCAGCUGUUAUCAUCGUCGUCAGGCACGGCGCACGCCUGGAUGCCGCUGACAAGCAAUGGCACCUCACAUCCCCGACUCCCUACGAUCCUCCUCUUACUUAUGGCGGUUGGACCCAGUCCAGAGCCCUAGGGGCGCGCAUUGCCAACAUCCUGCGGACUCGGGAGACAGACGAUGAGAUACUUGCAGCAAACGACGGGGAGGAGGAGACUGGGAAUGUGAGAAAGCGCAGGCAUAGGGUCAUCAUCCACAGUUCACCUUUCCUCCGUUGUGUACAAACGUCCGUGGCUAUCAGUGCGGGGUUGGCACAAAAUCCUGGACAUACCCACACACACCAUCGAUCUCAAUCUCCGGCAAGAGGCAAACCACUCCAUUCUUCUCCCAGAGUUCGUCCUACAAUCGUGACGGACUCGCCACGCUUGGCCCCUAUUCUUGAACCGAAUACCUCUAAGGUGAACGGCAAACCUCAAGAGCAACCAGAAAACAUCAAGAAGUCCAUCAUACGUGUGGAUGCUUUCUUAGGAGAAUGGCUGUCACCAGAUUAUUUCGAGCAGAUCACUCCGCCUCCGAGUUCGAUUAUGAUGGUAGCAGGAGCUAAAGCUGAUCUACUGAGAAGAGAGGACUACAGCAAUUUGAUACACGUUCGAGAUAUCAACACUGCUCCUGCGAACCAAGGAUUUCCAGGUGGUUGGGGAAGCCCUGUUGUUGUUGCUGCUGAGAAGGACAAAGACGAAGGUUUAUUGAAUCUAUCAAGUCUCGGAGGAGCUCUUCCUCGAAGAGAUCGUACAAGCAGCCUGAGCAGCGUUGGAAGCAACGGGACACGUCACAGUAACAAAAGCGCUACCAAUGUAUCGACUACUGCCCCAGUACCUCCACAUGCUCAGGGCGGCCACGGAAUAUAUCAACCUCCCAUCCCCGGCUAUGCCAUCUCAUUGGCCGAGCCUAUUCCAGCGGGAUAUGUGGCCCACGCCAGAGAUGCUUGCGUGAAUGUAGACUACCAGUGGGACAGUAUGAGAGAACCACAGAACUGGGGAAAUGGAGGAGAAUAUGGCGAGGAAUGGAGCUCAAUGCAUAAGAGAUUUCGCAAGGGAUUGCAGCACUUGGUGGGCUGGUACCGCGACAGUGGCGACCCUGGAAAGCUUUCGACGAAAACUCCUUCCAGUCCUGGUCAGUCGACCUUCCAUGACGAGUGCGAUUCCGAGGAUGUGGAUACUGAUUUGGUAAUCAUUCUGGUUACACAUGGUGCUGGGUGCAAUGCCCUGAUUGGAGCUCUGACGAAUCAGCCUGUCUUAAUGGAUGUCGGGAUGGCUUCACUCACAAUGGCCGUCAGGAAGCCUACAUCUAAGGACACUCCAUCCGCUCCUGGGGCGACACCAAAAUCUCACUCGCGUGCAUCCUCGAAAACUCUCUCCAUCUCUGACGAGUACGAUGUCAUGUUGACAGCAAAUACCGAUCAUCUAAGGUCCACAUCGACAACACCAUUAUCGUCGAGGACACCUUCACUCGCAGGUAUUGGCGCGUUCCGCGAUCGCUAUGGCACCGGCGGAGCACUUGAUAAUUCCCAAUUCUCUAAUAAAUCUCGACCCAUCACGACACCAAGUAGCUUUGGCAGCAUCCGUCGUACCGCCAGUGUUGCAGGCUCCACGCCCCGUACAUACUCAGACUCGCCACGUCAGAUGUCAAUCGGCCUAUGGAGCGCACCACAACCGCAGGAAGAAGUCGAAGAACAAGACGACAUGAUUCUCAAUUUCGGGAACAGCGCCAUGGAUGAGAAGGAGAAAGACGAAGAAAAGGAAAACGAAGAAGAAUGCGCCUGUGAAGAUCAAGGUGAAGAAGACGAGGUUGCGCCUCUUGGCCUUUGGGGCACGCCCAGACCGCCAGGAUACGCAGAAAAGAUCAGAGAGAUGGCGCCGAAGCGUAGAUGGACUGUAAAUGAGCGACAGACGACAUGA